UGCCCCCGCUGCUGGCGCUGUGCGCGCUGCUCGCCCGGCUGCAGAUGACCUUGCAAUUCACUCCUCCGUGCACCAGCGAGAGGCAUUACAAGCAUCUGGGGCAGUGCUGCAGCAGAUGUGAGCCAGGAAAAUACAUGUCUUCUAAAUGCACUACUACCUCUGACAGUGUGUGUGUGCCCUGUGGCCCCGAUGAAUACCUGGACACCUGGAAUGAAGAAGAGAAGUGUUUGCUGCACAAAGUCUGUGACACAGGCAAGGCCCUGGUGGCCGUGGACCCCGGGAACCGCACGGCGCCGCGGCGCUGCGCCUGCACGGCCGGCUACCACUGGAGCCAGGACUGCGAGUGCUGCCGGCGCAACGCCGAGUGCGCGCCCGGAUUCGGCGCCCGCCACCCCCUGCAGCUCAACAGGGACACAGUGUGCAAACCUUGCCUCGUGGGCUACUUCUCCGACGUCUUUUCUUCCACGGACAGAUGCAAGCCGUGGACCAACUGUACUGACCUUGGGAAGACGGAAGCCCGUCGUGGGACGGAGAAAUCAGAUGUGGUCUGCAGCUCCUCUCUGCCAUCCAGAAAACCACCCAGGGAAGCCCAGAUGGACGUGCCCAGCACCGUCAUACUGCUGCUCUUCGUGUCCGUGGCCUUGGUCGCCGGGGUCGUCUUGGGCAUUUACUACAGAAAGAAAGGGAAGGCGCUGACAGCUAAUUUGUGGAGCUGGGCCAAUGAUGCUUGCAGCCGACUAAGUGGAAAUAAGGAGUCCUCGGGAGACAGCUGUGUCAGCGGUCACUCAGCAGCCUCCAGCCAGCGGGAAGUCUGCGAAGGUAUCUUACUGGUGACUCUGGAGGAGAAGAUGGUUCCGGAAGACAUGUGCUAUCCAGAUCGUGCUGGGGUCUGUGGGCCUGUCUGUGAGAGUGAAGAUGCCAGGAUGUUCUCCUUGGUCAGCGAAGUGGACACCCAGGGGGACCCCUCCAGGCCGGUCCCCACGGAGGACGAGUACACGGACCGGGCCUCUCAGUCCCCAGACUCUUCGGUGUUUCUGACGCAGCCGGGCAGUAAACCCAACCCCCCUUUCCCGGAGCCCCUGGAGGUGGGCGAGAACGACAGUCUGAGCCAUUGCUUCACGGGCACUGAGAGCGCGGUGGACUCUGAGAGCUGCGACUUCCCUCAGCCCCCAUGCAGGACGGAUUGGACCCCCGUGUCCCCUGAAAAGUACUUACAGAGAGCGGUCGAGGGGGGCAGUUAUUCCCCCUGGACAAGCUCCUCGGCAGACGGCUGCUCAGGCUGGGGGGCCCCUCCUGGGGAGGACCACGAAUCCAUGAUGGGUUCCCCGAAAUAUGGACCAUUGCCCCAAUGUGCCUACAGCAUGGGCCUCCCUGCUGAAGAAGUAGAGGGCAGGGCGGAGGAGGACGGCCCGCCCCAGGAAGCGAGCUCGGCCAGGGGAGCCACAGGGUCUGCAAGCUGUCCCGGUGACCAGCCACCUGCUACUGGCCCCCAGCCCGUGGGAUGGUGCUGCCCACAUUCAGGGACUAUCGUUUCACUCUCAGACAUUCCAUGUGGGAAUGCCCUUCCAGACACUCCCAGAGAUGUUCUGACUUGAUUCCUCAGGCUCCUGCUUGAUUCUCAG